UUUGUUGUAAUGAAAUAUCAAAUUGUGGCGUUACUUUUUAUUAAAAAAUAUAUAAUUUUUAUUUUUUACUCUUCAUGAAAAGUAUGAUAAGCCAAUAAAUUGGAAAACAAUAUUCUUAUUUGGAAUUUACUUCAAGCGUGAUGGAUAGUUAACGUCAUAUGUCAGAGUUGUGGCAAGUGAUUAUAAAGAUCUAUCGGCUAAGCCGUAUGCAAUUCGAUACGGUGGAGAUAAGGUGGCGGGCACGUAAAAGAUUAACGAAUUAAGCGAUACUGGACAUAGUCUGAAUGGAACACUUGACGAGGAACAAAGAUUCUAGUGCAUAACUUGUGGUAAGAACAGUAAUUCUUAAAUACUGUGCACAAUGGUAAAAUAUAAAGAAUAUAAAAAUUAUAUCAAUAUAAUAAUUACGUAAAAUAUAAGAAAAAGUGAACAAAAAGAAUAGUUUAUCAAAAUUGCAAAAUUAUAAAAUUAGUUUUCUCUUGAUCGUUUGUUUGCCUGCUUUUCAGUUUCCAGGCAGGAUGCGAUACUUAUUGCCUUGUAUACUUGUACUCUUGUGCAAUAUUGUCAUAGCGUUUUCCAACUCUUUGACCGAUGUGACAAAACAUCCUAGUUGGUCACUGCUGGAGCACAAUAGAUGCGGUAAUUCUAACAGCGAUCGUAUUAUCGGCGGCAAAAAUGCGAGCCUCGGUGCGUAUCCUUGGAUCGCGAGAAUAGGAUACAGCAUACCUAACGCUGAUGGCGAAAUAAGCUACAGAUGCGGCGGCACGAUUAUCAAUCAACGAUAUGUAAUUACGGCUGCUCAUUGUGUAGUGAAUCUACCCGAAAAUUUCAAGGUCGGUGGAAUCCGUUUGGGUGACCACAACAUCCUGACUGAUCCCGACUGCGAGCAGGGAUAUUGCGCAGAGCCGGUGCAAGAUUACCUGCCCGAGUCGAUAAUCGCCCACGAGGAUUACAACAAACCUCUAUACAAGAAUGACAUAGCUAUAAUACGAUUAAACAAGCCGGUAAUUUACAACGAGCACGUGAGACCGAUUUGCAUGAUGAGCGGUGAAUUUCUCAGGAAAAACUUCGUCGGCGAAAUAGCCGAAGUCGCCGGUUGGGGAAUUUACGAUAUCAGUAAGGCGUUUAAAUUCUAUUCUAAUAAAUAUUUAAACUUUAUAUUUAUUUAAUCUUUCUUAUACAUCAUAAUUUUAAACAUUUAUUUUAAAAAAUUAGAGUUUAUUUUAU